AGCUGAGCUGGAGAGGAGAGCAGCAGCCCGGAGACUCUGCAGAGGAGCAGAGGAAGAGGAGCAGAGGAAGAGGAGCAGAGGAAGAGGAGCAGAGGAAGAGGAGCAGAGGAAGAGGAGCGGGCGGCCAGCAGCGGGGCUCCGCCGCGUGGAUUUUGCUGUCUGCGCCUGUUUUUUUGCGUUUUUUGCGGGGAAUGUGCGGCUCCUCCUCUGCGGCUGUCCAACUUUGUGAAUCCGUCUCCCGGUGAGGCGGAACCAGAGGAUGGGAGUCUCCUGGUCCUCCAAGUGCCUCUCAGUCCUGCUGGCUCUUCACCUCGUUCCCCUGCUGCUGCAGACGGUUCUGGUCGGUGCUGCUGAAUGCGACUCAGUGUUCAAAGGUUUCUCCAACUGUCUGAUUCGGUUGGGGGACGAAAUGGCCAACUAUCCCCAGGACCUGGACGACAGAGAGAGUCUGAACAAGAUCUGCACUUACUGGGAUAACUUCCAUUCCUGUGCCACGACGGCGCUGGCCGACUGCCAGGAGGGGGCGACGGACCUCUGGGAGAAACUGAAAAAGGAGUCCCGCAACCUGAAUUUCCGUGGGAGUUUGUUUGAACUGUGUGGCGGCGGAAACGGCGCGGCCAGAUCCGCCAGGGGCCUCGGCCUGCUGCUCACCGCCCUGCCCACCAUACUGACAUGGCUGGCGUUUUAACAGGAAGAGAAGAAACACAAAGUUACAGAAGUAAAACACAAGAAGAUACGUCCAACUGAUAAAACAUAAUUUAGAAACAGUGAAAGCUACUCCUCCAUACUGAAAACACCACGUCCAGGACCGAGUUUGCAUUCAUCAGAAGAAAACAGCAGAAUUGGAUCUUUGGUGGCGCUUCGGCAGCCUGGUUGGCCAGAGGGAGAGACAGCUCGUCCAAUCACACGCCACCUCACCCAGAGGUCAAUAACAUGAAAUAUUCAACACGCCAUUGACCUGAAAUGAAGACAAUGAUGAAAUUUUGAUGGCAACUCGCCAACUUACAAUCGUGGAAUUACAUCGUAUUAAAGUCAGCCAUGAAUUAUUGAUGCUGAGUCGGCCAGGCCUCACCGGCCGGCGCGGUGCUGACACGCCAUCAGGACGGAUAGUCGGGCCGCCAUUUAGCCUGAGGAACUAAUUCAUGUGACUCCACACAAUCAAUAAAACAAGCCACGGCAUCGAGCCGGUCCAGAGCCGCCGGUCCAGAGCCGCCGCUACGGAUGGCUUCUCGUUUUUAAUGGCAGCAGGUUGACUCAGCAGCAGACGGGACGUUAGCCAAAUGUUUGCUGUGCUAGCGGUUAGCAUGCAGAGGCUGGGGUCACACCAGCUAUCAGAACCCUAACCCUAAAUAAUUACAGUCUGGAGUGGUGACAGGACUCACCUUUGACCUGAGCAGAUUAGACCCACACGUUCCUAAAUUUAAGUUAAAAUAAAGACAUUGCAUUUGGUAAAAACACUUUCUGAUGCCAGUUCAGUAGAACGCAUUCUGCGGUUUCUGGUGAGACCGCGGCCGCUUGGCGUAAGGUUUACUGUGGGAGAAGAAAACAGAUCAGCUAAGAAAGUCUCAGCAUUUCAGGAAAUGGGCAUAAGAUAUUAAAAUAAUCAUUUUUACAUCAUUUAUGAUGAGAAAACUAAAGGUAAAGUUAAUUUUGUACAAGAUCAACUGAGCUAGCCAGAGCUAAAUGCAGCUAAAGUUUGUCCAGAGUAUGUCAUGGUUAGCUUGAGCAGCAUUUAUUAAACUUUAAUAUCUGACAGGAGCGACGCUGCAAUGUAUCAACAAUCUGACAUUGAAGCAGAUUUAAAGAAAACAUUUCACAUUUUGAGACAAAUGUGCUAGCAUCUAAACCUGAUGCUGUCAUUUUAUCAUGCAAGUUUGAUUCACAUUUAGCUAAUGUUAGCUUAAAUAUUGAAUCACAAAGUAAACCUAAGAAGGCCAGUUCAGCUAAGGUUUUAGAUAAUCACUUAAAAUGGCUCAUUAGUUUACCGAGCUGAUCAGACCAGAGGAACAACUAGCUUAUGUUAAGCUAGCAACAUUCAGAGAAGAAUUGGGGAUUUUAGUUCAAUCAGAUAAUAUAUCAACUAAAUCAUAGUCAGGUUAGCUAACUUCUGGUUUAAUAAAUAAACAACACUUAUGUGUUUUCUAGUUGACCAGCAGCUAGUUUAGCUGUUAGCAGCUAAGUCAGGUGUAUUUGUCUAGAUUAGGCUGGAUUAAAUAACAUUCUGAAUUACAUAUAAACCAGAACAUUUGGUCUUGUUAACCUACAUUUAAAAUAAUAUGGGUUGCUUAAAAUUUGAUCAAAUGGAUAAAUUAAACUUUUUGGUUUUGUGACGUUAGCUAGCAGUAGCUAGCUAGUGUUUCAAACCUCUUUUUUGAGGUUUGAAACAGUAGCCUGUUAGCGUAAGCUUCUGUUGCCUUUGAUUACUCAUAGAAGAGUAACAAAUAUGUUUAGAUUUGUCAAAAUAUGUGGGACAAGCUAAAUGUAUGACACCAGGUUGGAUUAAACCCUAGUCCUAAUAAUGCGGGUUUGAUUGGUAUUUAUAGUAUCACUAUAAUACACAAUAGAUUUAUAUUUACGUUAGCCACAGAGUCUCCUGCUAUAACUAGCCUGUUAGCUAACUUGUGUACAUUAACAUUUAACUCGUCUACUUUAUUAAUAUUUAUUGUCCCUUUUAAAUGAACAAACAUUAAAUAUUUGUAAUAAUUUGAAAACCAAACUGUUAGACUGGGUCAAGGUAACUGAAAGUUUGGAUUAGCAUGAAAUUGUAUUGUAGCCUAUAAGCUAACAGUUUAAUGUUAGCAUUAAAUAAGAUAUGAAACAAUAUGGGAGAGAUUAGGUUUUAGUUGACAUUUGAGCUAAUUUAUGUUGUGUUGCCUGUCUUUAGUAAAUAAAUCAAACACUUAAAUUAUUUAAGUUAUUAAAUAAGCUAGCUAACAUUUUGAUUUUGUAUUAACUGCAUUUAUGGGAGAGUUAGGUCAGAUUAAUUUGUAUCUUAUCAUUUUCAACAUUGUUUUUUAUCCUUGGCUUCAGUUUUUUCCAGUUUCAGCAAACAAGCAAUAAGAUCAUUUUCCCAACUCAAUAAAAAUUAAACUUUGGGAAAUUUUGAGGCUUCCAUGUUUAGACGUUGUGCUCAUUUCCUGAAAUCCCAUCAGAUUCAAACUGAACAACAACAGAGAAACCUGAUGUGAACAUGGAGGUUUGGGUUUAUUUGGUGUUUAUUUUCUGUCUGUUGAAACAGGAGCAGCAAUAUGAAGAGAGACGUUACGGCCAGCAUAGCUAAAAAUAUGAAUAAUAAAUGAACCGUGGCUGAAGAGAGAUAUGACUGUUGCCAUUUAGCUUCAUCCCGUUUUCAUCCAGUGAUUUUAGUAGAUUAUCAGCGGUGACAUAUUUAUGACUGUUAGAAUAAAGAGGAAAGUCCCAACAGUAAAGUAGCAUCAUGAAAUACAGACAUUAUAAAUAUUAGGAGUUUAUUUCUGAGACAGAAACAUUUCCACUGCCUUCUAACUAAACGAUGUGAACUUCUGUUAGUUAGUUUGUUUGUUGCCUGGCUGGUUUGUCUCUUUGUUUGUUUAUGAGGAUGUAAAAAAAAAAAGUUUAAAAAGAUUGAUUUAUAUGAAAAAUCAUCUAUGUGGAGAAAAUGUAUAUGAAAAUGAUUUUGAGAAAAAAGUGAGUGAAAAAUCUUUACUAUUAGAGAUAGUCUAUCCCAAACAGUUUUAACAGCAGAUUGAUUAUUUACAGAUUAUAUAGACAUAAAGAAAAAUAAAAUAAACAACUGAUGAAAUGAUGAAGAAUAAAGAAUAAAAGUCAUAAUGUUUGAAAAAAAGA